AUGACAAUUCCUUCGGCUAAGCCGACGAGGACCGCAACACAUGGGAGGGUAGGGGCCUCUAACGGCAGGAACGGCUUUCAGCCAAGCGCGAACUUGGUCCUCAUUAAGAAUUACUUCCGGCUCGAAUCGACCAAAGCUGCAUGUGCAUUGCUGAAUAAAGAAGAAAUCAAAGGAUACCGAGCCGAAUUCGCGUUCGAAGCAAGUCUAAACAAAUAUCUGAACCUACAGAAGAAGAAGAUAUUCUCGAAUACUAUUUGCUUCACGUCUGCCGCUUCGGAUAUAGAUGCAUUGGCGCUUCCCGCAAGCACAUACACAAGAGAUAUCUGGGGUAACAAUGGAACCAGGAUUCUCCAGAUGAUAGAUAGAGCUGUCAGCAACGCUCAGGGUGGGGCAUCGACCAGCGAGAAAUCAAUUGCCAGCCUUCAGAAGUACAACACGGACACAAAGAACGGAACGACCACACGCGAAUUUGCCGAGACAAUCUACACCGGAAAGCCUGUUAUAAAAUCCGAGGGUGGCUAUCGUUUCAAAAUUUCAUUUGAACCGCCACGCAUUGAGAAGCUGAAGAAUCAGGACUUUGUCGUGAAGCCAGGCCAAUGUUGGAAGACUAUGACCGGGCUGUCUAUAGUCGCCAGUGGAUAUUCAAUCCCAUCAAGACCCAAAGAGGGCUCAGGACUCGAGGCUCCUCUAUUCGUCUUGCGACAGCUAAUCAAACGAGGCUGUUCAAGGCAACCCUUCUUGUUUCCUGACGAGCCCAUGGUCAUGUUUCCCCCAACAGCAGUUCACAAAGUUGGCAAGAACGACAAAGCCAACCAGGUUGAAAAAAUCGUCGUGGGUUACAAGGUGAGACUAAUCAUGGCUUCUGGCUCCGAACAGCAGGGCAAUAUCGUCUACUGGCAUUUUGAUCCAGCGAAAAUUUGCAAAUCAAACAAUCCAUUUCAGCAAAUGCAGAACCAAAGCCAUCUUGCGUCGUCGGCAAUCAAUUCGAAGUCACGACAUUUUGUCGGAUGGAGCGAAAAUGCGGGGCUCUUGGCAGCGGCGCCCAAGACCAUUAGCUCCGGGGUUCCCUCUGCGUUACAACCUCGUCAACAUUACGAAUUGGUCAUACCCGCAGUAACAGCAACCCUACGGCUUCUAUCAGCUGUAACUGCAGGCGUCACGCUGACAACAGAAAAAGUGAUCAGCUCGGCCGACACAGAAAAAAUGUACAAACAUCCCAAAGAAAUCCUCCACUCCGUCAGCGAACAAUAUUUUGUCCUUUGGGAUAUCGAUGGCAGGCGAGGCUGGUUGGUCAGUGGCGACAUUGUGGCGCUAUACAUGCUUCGUGUGCACCUCCAAUCCAUGCCUGAGGUCGACUUAGAUUUCUCAAGCUUAAAUCACGUUGGUGGCGGCUCUUCGUCUGCGUACGAUGUGCUGCAAGAUGAGACAAACUUGGAGAAGGUCGUAUGGCCACCAAGCAAGAUAUUGAAAGAAAAGCUCAACACUCCCGAACACGGCGAGCCGGCCAAAGACAAGGAAAAGGUCAAGAAACUGGUGCUUGGCGAGGUGCUGGACGGCAUCUAUGAUAUCUUGCUUGAGCUGAGCGCCCUCACACGGUCUUUAAAUCCAAAAAGCGGCAUCUCAGGUCAGAUCCAGGACUGGUAUGAGAAAAGAUGGGGUACUACUAUGAGGGGCUGGGAUUUCAACCUCGUCGCCAGGGGUAAAUCAGCAAAAGUGUUCGUUGACAAGGUGGACAAGGAUCCAGGCUGGAUGCGUAUGACGAGGGCACUGGAUGCGACAUUUCUGUUCACAAGUGGGCUGGGCGAGAUUAUGGAGCCGCAUGUCGGUUCCUGUUGUCCUUAUUUCCAGACUCUCCCCACAGGUCAAAAUUUCCUUGCCACAAGCAUGAAGCUCCUUGAGGGUCUCGUCAGGGAUUUUGGUCGGCAGGACCCGGUGAAUGAGAGCGUGGCUAGAUUGCACUGGGGUGAAGUGCAAGGCCUAAGUAGAGCGCCGCUUGGUGAGCCUAACCAGACGAAGAAGCGUCUGAAGAAAGAUAAAAUAAUGGUUGAUGGCAAAAAGAUGUGGAAGAAGGAGGACAUAUUUAAAUGGGCAAAGGAUUUUCGAAAUGGUGUCGUCGUAUUUGGACGUCAGCCAAACAUGAUGGAGCUCAGGCAGCUUGCUCAGCCGAUUCAACAAGGGAACAGCCCGCCCGGACUACGACGAAAGGUGGAUGCAGUUCCCACCAUUGCACAGUCUAUCCCAGUCUGUAAGAGGCAAUGGCGGCCUAGGAGAAAGGUCCAGCUCGUCCACUACAGUUGCGUCACGGUCCGCAAAAGUCGCGCAGCAACCAUCGACCACGUUACCUUCGCGAGCACCAAGCAUAAGCAGCCUCAAAAGUCGGCCGCUCAUACUUCGACGGCUUCGGCGCGCAGGGCGAAUAGCAAUGUCAGCUUGAGGAGCACCAAUUCGAUCCCAAGGCCAAAGGACGCAAGCACCGGAUCUAGCCGACCCGAAGCAUCAAAUACACAGUCCAUCGCGCCAACAGCGGAGAGGAAGCCAAGCACUUCCAGUGUCAGAACGCAGACGCAGGGCUCGGUCUCUUCCAAGGCCACAGGAGGUUCACGGUCUCAGACACAAGCAAGGCAGCCGGCCGCUGCGGGUUUGAACAGGACCACUACCAAUUCCUCUGACAAGACGACCAGCUCGCAUUCGACGAGCAGAACACAGCGUUCAGCGACCGAGACCGCAGCAGCCAAUAAGCGACAGCAGCAGCAGCAGCAGCAACAACAGCAGUCUCAAGUCGGCACCGCCACGGCUGCGGGUCUUGCUCCCGAUCGGCCGGUCAGCUCAAACCAUGCUACAGUAUCGACUGGGACAACAGAGAACCCUCGGCCUACCUCGUCUGAUAUGCCUUCCUCGUGA